AUGGGGGCGGAGAGGGAGGAGCACUGGAGAAAGAAAUGGUUCCAGCCCCUCUCCCUGGCCCCCCAGGUGACCAAUCGAGGGGCCCCCGUGUACGUGCACCACAGAACCAAUCGUCUGACCAUGGGUGUGGCUGCCUCCCUGCCAGGCCUGGUACUGCCGGACAUCCUGCUGAUCGCUCAGCCUGGAGAUGGCAGGGAGUGCUCCAACCUCACCCUCACCAGGAUGCUUCCGCUGGACCUGGUCCACCUCUACGUGCAUGACCUGUCUGCCUGGCGCCUGAAGCUACGCCUGAUCACAGGCCGCUACUACUACCUGGAGCUGGACGCCCCCGAGAGGGAGGUUGGCUUCCUGUUUGACCGCUGGAUCCAGCUCAUCAAUCUGCUCCAUGAGCCAGCCGCCAACUGGGCCCCCCGGGUCCUGAGUAUCCCCACCGUGGACCUGGCCCGCGUGGUACCUCCUGCCUCCACCUGGCGCCUCCAGGCCCAGCCGCAGUCCAAACGUUCAGUCAUGAUUGUCAAGCCCACCUUUCCUUACAAGUUCCUGGCAUCGCAGAGACAGAAGACCAAGACCCUCAAGCGCAGGUUCAAGUCGCAGGCCGUGGGCGACUCUGUGCCUCUCAUCUGGUCGCGUCUGGAGCAUGCUGAAGCCAAGAAGAAAUCUGCAGAAAAGUCCCAACCAACACUCUACCCCGACACAUCUCGGACGAAAAUCCGGGUUUCUGAGAAGCCCAGCAUCACCAUCCAUACGAUCUUCAGCAUCAUUUCCGGCACCAUCAACCACACGCAGUCCUCUUCCAAGGGUUACUUGUCUGACUCUGAGGUGGGCACAGUCCUGGGAGGUUUAGUGGAGACCCCCGUAAGCUGUAUCUCAGAGGACAGCCGUGAGCCUUCCUUGCCGGGCUCCUAUGAUCACUUGGACACAUACCUGUGGCGGCAGGACAUUAAAGCCCUGAUGGACCCGGAUUCCAGCACCUUGUCCUCUUCCUCCUUCUGCCCAGCCCUCGGCCCUCCCGCCUUCUACCUCCCUGCCACUUUCUCGUCCUUGCGUAAGCACCGGGGAAAGGCUGGCCAGAAGGAGCAGCUGCCACGCUCCCAGAAGACCCCAUCGACCCGUGCUGCCUCUUUGAAGGUUCCAUUCAUCCUCGACCAGUCCAAGAAGGUGUCAGCAGUGCGUGCUCCCUCCCAGAAGACCUCGACUGCCCCUGGCCCAACUCGGAGGGCGCCAGCUGUGCCUGCUGCUCCCCAGAAGACCCCAGUAGCACGUGGCCCAUCUCGGAGGGCCCCACCUGCACCGACUACGUCCCCGAAGGCCCCAGCAGUGCAUGGCACAGCCCGGAAGGCCCCGCCUGCGUCAGCUGUUUCCCGGAAGGCCGUCGCCGUACCUGCCCCAUCUCGGAAGGCCCCCCCUGUGUCAGCUGGUGCUCAGAAGCCUCCGGCCAUUUCUGCCCCAUCUCAUAAGGCCCCACCUAUACUGGCUCUUCCCCCAAAGCCUGUGUCCCCCCCUCUCCGAAGGAGGAAAUCUUUGUUCAUCCCUACCCCGUCCCAGAAGGCCGUGACCUCACCUCCUCAGCCCAAGAUGACCCUGGAAAGGGCCGAACUUGCCACUCUGCCUGAGUUAAGUCCUAGAAGGGAGGCGCCUGAGAGAAGGAAGCACGAAGGGAUGCCACAGCCCAUGUUGUUUGUGGGCACCCAGGAGAUGGACGCAGUGGAGACGAGGACCCAGAGAACGUCCAUGGAGCUGCCUUUCAGCAUCACGAAGAAGAGGUCAGAGGAGGUCGUGAUCAGCAAAGCCCGGGAGAUCACCCUAGACGGCCUGAAGGGCAGGGGCACGUUGGAGGACAAGGUCCACAAAAAGAAGGAGAAGAUAUCCCUGGACAUGCCUGGCUUCAAAUCCAAGAAGAGAGGGGAGCAGCAGAGGUGGCUCAAGACCCAGAAGGUGGCCAUUGAUGGAGGCCCGGAGGAGCAAAUCCGGCCCUUCUCGGUGGAGGCCCUCACCCUUGCCAAGAUGAUGAUAGCGGCCAACUGCAAGGAGCCCCCCCAGAGACCGGCUGCAGUCGGGCUGCCCUCCUGGGUCUCGGCUCCCCAGGUGCGUGCUAUGUCAACAGAGGGCACAGCGCCCUUCAGACCCCAUCAGGUGCCCUCGCCAGAGGGGAAACCAGUUGGGAGGCAGUCCCCAUUGGGCUCCUGGGUGCCCUCGCCGGAAUGGACAACGGCGGGGGUCAGGGAGCAGUCCCUGGUGGGCUCCUGGGUGCCCUCGCCGGAGGGGACACAGGCGGGGGUCAGGGAGCAGUCCCUGGUGGUCUCCUGGGUGAAGGGGAAAAUGCAUUGGUGGGCAGAGAGGAGAAAGCAUCACUGGGCGGAGGAGGAAGCAAAGAUGGAGGAGCUGUCCCAGGACACAACAGCACCUUCCGAAGUGCCCUACUUCCCCGAGCAGGAGAUGGACAGUAUCUCCAGCAGCCAGAAGAUGGAUAAUGUCUUCCAGUCUCCCAUCCCUCAGCCUGCAUCGGAGUGGGAGGACGCACCCCGGUCGCCCAUCUCACUGACCCCCAUCUCAGAGAUGGACGCUGGGGUGUCCCCACAGCUCAGCAGUGUAUUUCAAGAGCCUCAAGAGCUCCAGGAGGUGUCAGACCUGAGCCCUCUGACCACGACGGGGUUGUCCUCAGAGGCUCUCUCCCCCUCGCCCUUGGAAGUUGAGAGUACGACGGACAUGGCUACCAACGGGGAGAGGACGGAGGAACAGGAUCUCUUCAGUCCUUCAGCCAGCAUGCGCAGUUCCGAGAGCCCUCAAUAGCGGGAUUCGGGGGACUCGAUCUCAGUUGCCAAAGUGUCCAAAGGAGCCCAGCCUGGCCAGGCCCCCAGGGUGCUGUGCACCUCUACCGUAAGAAGCAGGGUGCUGAAAAGGCCGGGCGGGGGGAUGCUCCCUCUCCGGUAGAGACCAGAGCUAUCUAUACGUUUAUAUAUUGGGGGGCGGGGAGCGGGACGGGGGAGAGCCCGCGGGGUGGCCCAGCUUCGCAGAGAUUAAAAGCCUGAGUCUGAGACACGGCAAAAGUCGUGCCUGGGUGCCUGUGUGUGCGCGGGGGACACCCAAGAGCUUGGUGGGGCUGGGGGCAGGAGGCGGCAGAGGGGGUCCACGCAGACCCCGCCCCGCGUCCUAGAACAUCCCCUGCAGUACAGCGGCUCCCAUUGGCUGGGGUCCAGGGGUCCCAGCCAAUCCUGCCAGGGGCC